AACGUUUGUACUGGGCUAUGUUGUGCCGCUUAUUCUCAUUGUUUUUUUCAACUGGAAUCUCAUUCGAAAGCUAUAUGUGCAUAAAAGUUGCACUUACUACUGACGUCUCUGCCUUCCAGAGUUCUUCCAAGGUCAGCUAUUCCUCUAAGACGGGUCGUUAUGUAUACUGUCCUAAUUGCCGCUGUUUAUUUCGUUUGUUGGACUCCAUACUGGUCGGCGUUUUCUGUGCUCUACGCGAUCGUAAUGUCAGUUGCCGGAUUACCGACGACAACAAGCGAACUUCUUCUUUUUGUUAUCUACUGUGUUCACCUACUUCCAUAUUUUGGGAGCUCAUCAAACUGGAUUCUUUACGGGCUUCUCAACACCCAGUUGCAGGUGGGAAAGUACUGUUUUUGUUUAAGGCAGAUUUACUAAAAAUCAGAAAAGUGCAAGCGGACCUUAAACUGAGGUCUGAAUAAGG